ACACAGCUUGUGUUCUCACUCUCUUGCCUCCAUGGACUUGGAGAUUGGAGUCACUAGUUCAGAUACACCUCUUGAGUCCUGGUUUUCAUCUGAUAGAUCUACUGGGUACCUUGAAGAUGUUAUUGCAGGCUGGAGUGUUUGGUACAAGCAACAAAAUUUACCAUUGUACUCUCUGUCUCAGGAUCAAAAGGAAACCCAUUGUCUGGCAGACCAGAUAGAUAUAUUUCCACCAUGUUCUUCCACAAGAACCCAACGCCUGGUUGAUGAGGGUCAGAAGAAGCGAAUUGCUUACCCGUUCGAGAUGGUGAAACGAGGAGGGGCAAAUGGAGAAACAGUGCUUGAAGACAUAAAUCAGCAGAUGCGAAUGAGCCCAGCGAAGCCGAUU